AGCGUAUAUUGGUCUCUGCGUUAAGUGACUGGGACUGAGUCUUAAGUUCAUUCACCACAGGGAACGCUGCGCGAUGAAACCUCAUCCACAGAGCAGUCCCCCUACCCUUCCUAUGCCUUCUGUGUCCUGCAGGCCAGGUCAGACCCAAAAACCAAAAGACUGGAAUUGGCAUUUGGACCCUGAGCUGUGGGCAAGAUCGGUUCGACAGCAGUUGAAUACCUGCCUCCGCUUUAUUCUGGAAGAGAGGAAGGUACCUUUGUCUCCUGAAAUCCCAUGGUUUGAUACCCUUCAGUCUGGGCUCGCUGGAUGUAGCUGCAGCGGACAAGAACACUCCUGGGACUGUCAGGAGAAACAGGAGCAUCUUAAGGCAGUGGUUGAAUCAGAACAGCGGAACAUGCUGGAGCUGCUGCUGUCUGAGCUUAAAUCUCUGUUCUCAGCUGUGCUGCAGGAUGGCAGUUGUGAAGCUUGGCACUAUUUGCAUGCAGUACUGGGCCUGUUGCCUCCAUACCGUGAGAUGCUAGCCGGUCAACUCGAGUUGCUGCCCUUCCUGGAGCAGCUGUACUGCUGGGCACCCAAGGUGCAAGCCUGGCUCCAGCUGGACCUGCUAGAUGCUAUAGACAAGGCCUUCCCCCCAGACAGUUCUUUGUUACAUAGUUCCUCCCAUGUUGACUGCAGUCCCUGGAUGAAACGGUUUCAUCGGGGACCCCCAUGCUCAGCAUGCCCUUUUGUGAAGGCUCGGUGGGACCAGCAACAAAAAAAGGAAUUGGCCACGUGGCUACGACCAUUGACACUGCCUGAGCUACAGCACUGUCUGGGCAUUGUUGGUGCUGAGGUGGCCCUAGAAGAGACCCCGUGGCUGGACAGCCUUAGUCUCUUGCCCUUGGCACUGGCUACGGACAUCCCUGUACAGUAUGAAAGCAGUGAUAUUGGGCAUGCAGAACCAGCGCCCGCUGGGAGAAAACCUCAGCUUGCCUCUGAAGCUCCAGAGAAGGCCCUCAAGAGGAAAAGCCCUAGGACUUCCAUCUUGAGAAGUCAGGUGAAAUCCCUUCUGAAGGGAGACUGGUCCCAGAAGAAGAUCCAUUUCCUUUAUCUCAACGUGGCUUCUGAUCGGCACUUUAACCCUUACAAGCUGGUGGUGGUGCCACCGAACAAGGUGAAUCCUGAACACUACAUUUUCUCUCCCUUUGGGAUCCUGCAUAUACAUCCUGUGGAAGGCAGUGAAACAAUGUCACUAGCCACUUGGCACCGAGACACUGCUCUCUGGCACGAGCUCCAGCGCAUCCCAUUCUUUAAGAACUGCCUCUUACGAAAGGCAUUGACCUGUUGGAAGAAAAAUGUGAGGUUUCGUGGGCUGCAUCGGAUCCAGACUUUCCUGAAGACUCAUCUGCUGUUGGCUAUUCCUCAUUUUGGAGCUGGGAUGCUCCACAUUAACAGGCUUCUUCAGGAGUUUCGUUCUGUGUCCUGGCUACCCAAGGAGCCAGAUAAGAGCUAUGUGCUGAGGGACCUGAAGAAGGCCAUAGCCAAAGAGAACCACAGGGCUCUGCGAGUGCUCUGUCACUUUCUCAAUCUCUGUGCAUCCAUUCUUCAACUGAUUCAUGAAGAUACAUAUCAAAUGCAACAGGGCCUACAGGAGCGAGUGCAGAACUGGAACAGGAUCAGGAAAAGCCAAGGCUCCAUAUAUCUUCAGAGGACGCUGUGCAGGCAUCUGGAGAAGAAGCUGAAGCAGGCAGAAACAUGGUUGUCAAAGCUGGGAAUGUUUGCUCGUCUGAUUGACUACAUGAUUUGUCAGAACCUUGUUUCCAUCUUAGAAGAUGAAAUAACUUCCUUUAUAGCCAAUAAUCUGCAAGCCCCAAGGCAAAACCCCUUUCUUGUAUCACAGCUGGUCUUUGAUGACAAUGGCCAGUUGUCUCCUAUGCCCCGUGUUGAAUCUAUAAUCCAGAGUCUCAUUAAGAGCCUGCAGUCUAUCAAGACCUCUGCCCUAAAGGUAAUGCAAUCUACAGACCUGAGGACCUCCAGAGAGCCCUUGUAUUCUGAAGACAAUAAAGACCAGGACUCAAAUACAGAAUUCCCAAUGCCCAAGUUUCAUGGAAAGUCCAGCGAUGCUGUUCGCCUCUUCUGUGGCCCAAACGUAGGAUACGUGUGGCCUUGGAAGUCUCAUGCAAUUACUAAUGUCCUGGAAGUCCGUGGGCACCGGCUACGGGGUCAGUAUCUGCAUCCUAAUUAUGACCAUGUACAGGAGGACUUGGACAAGAAUGCUGGAAUCCAACAGGCACUGGCUGUACAACAGGCUCUCCUGGAGGACAUGAGGCAGGAGGUGCAGGAAUUCUGCAAUAAACAGCAAUGGGUAGAAGACAUCUAUGAGUUCCUGAAGGCCUGGAACUCUCAGAAGCUAGAGGACCUGAGAGGCUCUCCUAUCAGUGACUAUGUAAAACUGGUAAGAAAGCUGAAAAAUUGGCAAGAACGUGUCUCCAAUAUGCCUGUCGAGCUGCUGACAAAAACCAAGUUGCUGCUCUUGAGUGGCCGUGAUGUUCAAGAAGAGUUGGAAUCCAAGUUAAAUAACCUGAGGAAGAACAUUCUUGAACAGGUGAAAAAUGAAUGCUGGAGCCGUAAUCAGCAGCUGAUGAAAAAACUGACAGAGUUCUUGCGGGUCUUCCAAACCAUCAACUUAGACAUUCAUGCCAUUGCACAGUGCUCCCAAAAACUGAAUGAAGCCAACGAGCAAUACUGCCACCUGGAGGAGCAAGUGGAAUAUGUCCGAUCACUCCAUGACCUCAUCCGGAACCAUUGUGUCCUCUUCAUUUCUGAGAAUGAGACUCUAGAUAUCGCGCUUCUGGAUUUAUGGGAGGCAUUUCAGUUCGAGAGAAGCCAAGUUUCAGAGUUCCUGCUCAGUAAGCGACAUGCCAUUGUGCCCAAGCUUCAGCAGUUGAUGGCAGCAGCAUUGGCAGAGCUGGAAGGCCUGCUAGUGAAGGCACUGUCUGGUCCCUUUAUGGAUCCUUCCCAAGAACAGAGGAGCACUGAGCAACAGCUUGGUGCCUUGGAGAAUCAGUUCCUGAAUACACUCAGUAACUUCAAUGCCCUAUGCUAUGCUUACCGCUCCUUCACAGGGCAUAAGACUACUAUGUCUCCGCCUGCUUCUGGGAACCGGCCUAUAGUACUGCAGCAGCGCAUCUGGAGGCUUUACAGGAUCAUCCACGAAAACUUCAGCGAGUGGAAAUGUGUGGCUUUUAGCAAGUUCAAUCUUUCUAUGGCCCGGGAGAAGACCAAUGCCUGGCUGACAGAGGCUGCAAGGCUCGGCACAGCCCUGGGGCAGCAAAGCCCUGUGCUCCAACGCUGUAUGCGCAUGCUAGAGGAGUUUCGAGCUUACCUGCCCUUGCUUAUCAAGCUGGGCAGCCUGGAGCUGCAGGAUGUUAAUACCCAAUCCCUCUUGAGAGCAUUAGGGCUGGGUGGUCUACAAAGCUUGGAUCUCCUUACACUGGGCCGGCUGCUCAAUUGUCCACUGCUGGAAUUCGCAGACCGAAUCAAUCAGGUCUGGCAGCGCGAUAAGGAACGAAUUCAUGCCCAAGAGAUCCUACAGCAGAUGCAGCAGUACUGGGAGGGGCGCCAGCUGCGCCUGCUCAACUUCAUCCUGCAAGUGCCCUACAGGCCUCCAACCUCAGAGCGCUCCAAAAGGCCGGCACUCCGAAGCCCCCAGUGGGAGUUAGUGGGCAAGGAUAGCGGCACCUUCCUCCUCUCAGACUACAGCAGCCUACAAGAUGCCAUCCAGAACAGUCUUCAGGCUCUAUUCAAGAUCCUAGCCAUCCAAAAGUCAGGACAGUUGCAUAAAAUAGCUUUAGAGUGGGUGACCAUCAUGUAUGACCUGGGUGCCCUGCUGGAAGUAUGGGUGUCUUUCCAGCAGAAGUGGAUUUUUCUGAACAAAGUUCUUCAUGAGAUGGAGAUCGAAUUUCCUGCUGCUGAGCUGAAUGCUCGUUUCAAAGUCAUGGAUGAUCAGUAUCGGACUCUAAUGCGAAUCUCUGUGGCUGAUCCAAUGGUUCUGUCACUUAUAGUGCCCAAUACCAAGAGGAGCCCUUACUUCCAAGGUCAGCAUCUACAGCACCUAUUGAAAGUAGGAUCAGUAGAGCUGGAGGCCAUCAUCAUGGGUCUGGAGGAUGUCCUCUAUGGGGUACGUGCCAACUUCCCCCGCCUUUUCUUCCUCAGUGACAGUGAACUGGUGGCCCUGCUGGCUUCCCCUCUAGAUACCUCUGAGGCCAAGCCAUGGGCACAGCGUUGUUUUCCUUACAUUAAAGCUGUGAACUUCAGGUCCAAAUCAACUAAUAAGGAAAAUAAUGACAAGGAUUCAAAGUCAAGUAUAGAGACUGUGGAGACAAUUUCUGUGCUAGGAGCAUGUGGAGAGGAAGUGAAGCUUCAGGAGCCCCUUCCUCUGUAUCCAGACCUUCCUAAGUGGCUGGCCUCUUUGGAGACCUGUCUACGGCUUGUAGUAGUGAACCUGCUCCAGAGCUGUGUGGCCACCCGCCUUGCUCAAGGCCCAUCCCUCAUUAAGGCAUUGAAGGCAAUGCCUCAACAAAGACAGAUGUCCACGCAACUGUAUGUCCAGCAUUGGCUAGAUGCAGUGCAAGUUUUUCCAUGGCAGUGCAUACUGGUGGCAGAGGAGAUAGUGUGGCGAGCCGAGAUGGAGGAGGCUCUGCUUGAGUCAAAGACUAUGCGCCUGAGUUCCGUACAUGUACGCAAUCUUGAGGUCCUGGUACAAUUUAUACGAUCUCAGAGGAGCUCUCAGGGUGAACAACCUCUGCCUUCUGUUCGCCAGACUAGUCUAUUCAGUUCCCUGCUGGUCAAGGCAGUGACUCAUAGGGAUAUAGCGCAACUCCUGGAGAAGAACCAGGUCAGUGAUCUGACAGACUUCCACUGGGUCCGCCAAAUUAAGUAUCACCUGGGUUCAUCUCACUUGAAUCUCAAAAGCCCCCUGCAAUGUCUUACGACUACUGCAUCUACUGAGGAGCCCUCUGUGUCACCAGCUGCAUGCUGGAUAGAUGUGCUUGGCCGGUCCUUCUUGUACAAUUAUGAGUACAUGGGGCCCAAACUGGGGCCUCUACCUAGCCUGAUGCAUGAGCGGCAAGUGUUUAUUCUCUUAUUGGCCUUGAAUGAGGUGGCCUAUGGGGCCGUACUGGGCAGGGAUGGUCUGGGCAAGGCAGAAACUGUGAAUAGCCUGGCAUGGGCCCUGGGCCGCCAGCUGGUAAUAAUGCCCUGCUUGCCCCAGAUAGAGUUCCGAUGUCUGAGCAAUUACCUGAAUGGUGCCCUUCAGUGUGGGGCCUGGCUGCUGUUAGAGAAUGUUCACCAACUACCUUCUGGCCUGCUUUCUGCCCUGGGCCAGCGUCUGGAUGAACUGCACCAUCUUUACGCCCCACUAUAUCAGAAAGCUUCCAAAAACAUCAGUACCAUAAACCCUACUAAACACCUACUCCUUGGUGCUGGUUUCUUUGAGAAGCAUCAAGUGUCCGUACGUCUUGGCUUUGGCUGUUUCCUGACAUUUCAUUCCCUGAGUCCUGAUGUGCCUGCCAAUCUGCAUCUGCUACUGCGUCCUGUGGCAUUGGCAUUCCCAGACCUGCAGCGAGUGGCAGAGCUGCAACUGCUGGGAGCAGGGGUACGGGAUGCCUCCAGAAUGGCUACUCGCCUAUCCAAAUUAUUUUCCCUAGAACGUGAGCUGGUGUCUGGGACCUUGCCCAGCCGCUUGCCACUGCUCAAACAGGUACUGGAAAACACAAUAGAGACACUAAAUGCAUCUGAAGAAAACAAGUCCCAGCAACCCCACAACCUAGCUGCUGCUGAGGAGGCUGCGCUACUGCGUGCCCUGUUGCAUUCACCACUGUUCACCAUUCUUGAUGGGCUCCGCCUACAAAAGCUCCAAGAACUGCUCUGUGGGAUUUUUCCUAAUGCUAGUCAUGUGCUGGCAGAGCCUGUGUGCCACAGGCUGAUGAAGUCAGUAGUGGUGGAAGAACUCCAGCAGUUAGGCCUGUUUCCCACCCUUAACACAUUGACGUCUCUGGAGCAGCUCAGUGAGGCCCUGAGCAAGGCCUCUGGCAUUCUGCUCCUGGGUACUGCAGGCAGUGGCAAGAGUACUUGUUGGAAGAGCUUAUUUAAGAUUCAGAAUCGUCUGGCAGCCAUGGAACAUACCUCAACCAAGGGUUUCCAAUCUGUGGAAACUGUCCACCUAUAUCCUAGUGUGCUCACUUCCCAAGAAUACCUAGGAUGGUCAGAAGGUUCCUCCUGGCGCUAUGGUAUAUUUACUAAGCUCCUUCAUGCUGCCCCUUAUUGUAAGACUGUAGGCUCAGAAGAGAAGUCAGAAAGAUUCACAGGGAUCCAGCAAUGGAUAAUAUGCGAUGGGGCUCCUAAUCAUGCAUGGUUAGACUCCAUCACUUGCCUCCUGGCUGACCCUCCCCAGUUGAGUCUCCCAAAUGGUCAACAGAUAGCACGGCCCCUAGGUACCUUUUUCUUGAUAGAGGUAGCAGAGGCAGCAGGUAUGUCUCCUACAGUGUUAGGCCGGUGUGCUCUCGUCUGGUGUUGUGGGGAACAGACUUGGCAGUCCAUGCUUAGUGUCUUGAUAACAUCUCUGCCUCAUGAAUACCACCUACAGCAAGAGACAAUCGUGCAGUUCAACCACUUAGCUGAAGUACUAGUGCCUUCAGUGUUCCGAUUCCUUACCCGCAUAGGUGCUAGUUCUCAGCUACAGGUACAUGGACAUCAGGCUGUUUGCCCAGGUGUGGCAGAAGUCACCAGCCUGAUCCGCAUCUUGCGUGCUCUACUUGACCCCCAUCUACACUUAUUCGAGGAAGAGAAGCCACACACAAAAGAGGACUUUAGUGGCACUGAUCUUGUGACCCAAAACUUCAUAUCUUCAAAAAGCAAGGCCCAGUCUGACCGCAUCAGUGUGUAUAAAAAGGAGAGGAGACAUUUGCUGGCUAUCAGUAGCUUUCUUUUUGCCAUAAUCUGGGGCUUUGGAGCCCACCUUUCCUCCAGACACUGGCCUCUCUUUGAUGACUUCAUGAGGAAGGCUAUUAGUUCCCUGCCCAACUAUCCCGAGCCACCUCCUUCAGCCUUGGUGUUUGAUCUACAUAUAAACCUUGAAGAUGGAACACUGGUUCCCUUCACUGGCCAGUACCUGAGCACCCAUGUCAAAAGAAGUCUGGGUUCUUUCCAGCCCUCUUCUCAGGUGGAACAGCUUUUGUAUGUGGUGGACCUACUUCUGUCAAAUGGACAGCCAGUACUGCUUGCUGGAGAGAUAGCAACAGGGAAGUCAGCUUUUGUGGAGGUGCUGGUGGAGCCAAAUCACCCUACCAUUCACAGACCCAUUAACCCUGCCUUAAAUUCUGCUCACCUUCGUAACCUGCUGAGCAGAGCAGUCCAUGGCCAAACACAAGCUGGCUCAUUUGUUGGGCCUCAUCAGGACUCCAAAGGCUCUAUCCUUUUCCUGAUGGAAGAUUUGCACCUGGCUGCUUUUGACCCAGAGAAGAGCUGCCAGCCAGUGCUGGAGACUCUGCGGCAGGCAAUGGAAGGCACCAUCUAUUCCCACAACACCUUGGAAUUACAGACUCUGCAGCCUACAGUCAACUUUCUUGCCACUGCUACAGUGCCAGGCUACUCCGAGCGCCCACUCUGCCCGCGUCUCUACCGACUCUUCACAGUGUUGGCCCUGAACAGCAUGACCCAGGACACCCUGUUGAGUAGGCACGUACCUAGUAUCCAAGCCUGGCUUGAGCGCUUCCCCUCUGUGGAGCGGGAGCAUACUCUGGCAAGAGCCCUUGUCAGGGCUUCCGUAGAGGCUUGGGAGGCUGUGUGCAAUUGCUUCAUGCCGUCACCCCUCCACCCACACUACCGCUUUUCCCCACAUUCUGUGAGCCAUAUUCUGGGAAGCCUGCAGCUGCUGCCUACCAGAAUGGGUUCACGAGGUUUUGUAGAUUCUUUCCAUCACCAGGAGCAUCUGCGCCGGGUAUCCGGCUUGCGUGGAACUCGCCUGACUAUCAUGAUGUCUAUGCGUGUCAUGGUGCGUCUUUGGUUGCAUGAGGCACAAAGAACAUUUUGUGACCGGCUGGACAGUGAUAGGGAACGUUCUCAUUGUGUUAAGCUGCUUCUAGAAGUAGCUCAGAGGGUCUUCUGUAGUGUGCCAGGGUCUGAGUCCUUGGCCAGGGUCUGUGAGGAAGAGGAAGUGGAGGAGGAGAAAGUGCCUGAAGUAGAAUCUGAAGAAGAAAUAGCCCACUGGGAGAUCUUAAGCAACAGUGACAGUGGAUCAGAGGAAGAGGAGGAUCCAUUUGGCCUUCAGGCCACCACAGGGUCGUUCCUCAGUGAGAGCGGUCUAGCACCAUUGCCCAUAAAGUCAGUAAACAAGGAGAACACAGAAAAUGUAAGUCAGGUGGCUCAGCAGUUGGAAGAUAUAAGGAAUUCUAACAGUAAGCUCCAGUCAGAGACACACAAGCGCAAGUGGCAGAGAGCACCACAGACAGACUUAAGUUUACCUUUGUUGCUACCAGUGCUAUUGUUCUAUCCCCAGGAGAAUCCCUCAGACCUGGUGUUCAGUCUGGAGCUUACACUGGGAUCUAACUUUGAGAGUCCCAACUUGUACCUGGAACGGCAGUGGGAAAACCUGGAAAAGCAGUUGGCUGCCUCAGCUGUUCAGCUGAAGAUGAACUCUGACUUUGCCCAGUGCCAUGUGAUGGUCCAGCAUGUGGCUCGCCUGGUCCGAGUUCUAGCUAGGCCCCGGCAGCAUGGUCUAUUACUCUCAGAGUUCCGGGGUACUGGGCGCAAUACAGCCAUCAUCCUGGCUUCUAACAUUUGUCAGGCUCGCCUUUUUCAUCUACCAUUUGAAUCAGAGGAAGCUGUUUUCCAGUGUCUCCGAGAUGCCAGCUGGCAUGCUGGCGUAUUAAACCAGUCAGUGGCUCUUCUGGUGCCUGAUCAAGUGAAUGUUGCUACCUUUUGCCAGCUGUUGGCCCUGGCAACCUCAGGUAGCUUCCCUGACCAGUACACAGAAGCAGAUCUGGAUAACAUCGAGGAGCAUCUCCCCAAGGAAAACCUUGUGAACAAAUACAGCAUUAAGAAGGACACAGUACUGAAUAGGUUCUACCAGCAAGUGUGUAGCAACCUCCACAUGUUCUUCCUAAUGGAAGAUGACCAAGUCCAAAAGCAGCUGCCCUCUACCCUUUUCCUGAGUCUCCUUCAACUGACCAUUGCCAGUGUUGACCGCUAUGAACCCUGGGACCAAGCUUCUCUGGUCAGGGUUGCCCAGUUCCGUCUGGAGAAUGAUCAGAGUCUACCUCUUGAUGAUGGCUCCUUGAAGUGCCCAGAUUUCAAGAUCCUAAUUCCCAAUGUGGCCAACAUCAUGGCUCGCAUUCAUGGUUCAUCUGCCUAUUACCAUCAACACAUGUGUCCUGCACUGCCACUUGUCACCCCCAGGACCUUCCAGGACUUCUUGGAUAUGUUCCUGCAGCAGCAGCAGCAGAUGGUCCUGCAGAUGAGGAUGAGGGCCAGGCGCAUCCAAUCGGCCCUGAAGACGCUGAGGCUGCUGGUUGAGAGGCACAGUACCCAAACCAGCAUGCUCACUGACUUGGAAAAGCAGCUAAAAGGCUCCUACAAAAAUGUCGGUAUGUAUCAAGGCCAACUUGAACAAUGUAAGAUCCUGUACAAGCAGAAGAUGGCAGAAUGCCAACACCUGGAGAGCCUCAUUGAGAAUCUGACCAGGCAGCAUGAUGCCCUAAAGGCUCAACAGGAGGCUUUCCUGGAGCAGAUGGGCAAGGCAUUCGUAGGUCCUUUGAGCCAGCUGCGGGUGGCUGACUUUGAGGAGAUAAGGAGCUACCGAGCCCCACCAGAAUCUGUAGUCAAGGUGACAGACGCAUUAUGUGACCUGUUCCACCAUGAGACAGGCUGGUCCAGUGCCAAGCAGCUGUUAUGUACUGAAGACUUUUAUCAGGAGCUGGUAUUCUUCCCCAAGGAGAAGCUGAUGGACUCAGAGCUGGCCAAGUUGAGCCAAGCUCUAAGGGCUCCAGGUAUGAGUGAUGCAUCCUUGAGGUCAGUAAGCAUCCCUGCAGCAAACCUGGCAGUCUGGCUCCGGGCAGUCCUGCGCUACGGGCUGGCACAACGCCGAGGAUUGCCCACUGGCCUGCUGUUGCGGCAGGUAGAUGCAACACUGGCUCGGGAGCAGGCCCGCCUUGGCCAGUUCCAGUUUCAGGCCCAUGAUCUGCUACAGCAAACUCAAUUUUUGACUAAAAAGCUAGAAGAUGCCCAACUCAGUCAUAACCACGUUGUGGAGACCCUCAAUCAGGCACAAUGUGGGCACUUUCACAGAUGGCCCAUGAAGUCUGCACUGCUCACACCCAUGCACAUGUGGACGACACAGCUCCAGAAGUUGCAGGAGCAAGCCAAGACUGUGUUUGGAGAUGCCCUCUUGUGCUCUGCUGCCAUCGUCUAUCUGGGUCCCUUCCCACCACAGCGUCGCCAAGAACUGCUGGAAAAGUGGCUAUCUCUGUGUCAGGGCUUUGAGGAAGCCCUGGACCCAGAUGAUGUGGCACAGGCACUGAGGCAGAAAUCUGUUAGGGUAUCAAAGAACCCUCUGCUGCCCACACGCACUCCCUUCAGGAUUUUAACCUUGCUGAGCUGUGGAUCUGAACAGCACCAGUGGGAUCGAGACCUGAAGCCCCAAGCUAAGUCAGCCCGCCUAUUAGGCCUGCUGCUGCGAAGCCACAUCCACUUCAGUAGUUCCCGUUGGCCUCUGCUGCUUGAUCCUAGCAAUCAGGCCAUCAUCUGGUUGAACCCACUACCUCCAAAGCAGAACAAGUGGUUGGAACAACCUCCCAAAGAGAGCAGAGCAAAGUACCAUGUGACAAAUCAAGACAGUGAGGAUGAAACAGAAGAUGAACUGGAAAGUGAGAACAAUGAAGAUGAAGAUGAGGUCAGUGAGCAAAGAGAAGAGCACAAAACAGAGGAAAACGAGAGUGAGGAAGAGAACAAGCAGGAAGAGCAAGAAACAGAGAAAGAGAAUGAAGCAGAGAGCACAAGCUCAGGCUCAAGCUCAAGUCCACCCUCUGAGACUCAGUGUCUGCCCUCCUACCUCACUGUGCUCUCAGGCACAGACCCAGAGUUGGGUCCUCAGCUCCUGGAGGCAGCUGCCAAUGGCUUGCCUGUGCUCUUGACCAAUAUGGAGCUGAGCCUAGGAUGCCAAGAACUUCAAUGGCUGCUGUCAAAGAAGAAUCUGAUUCCACCAUAUGUGCAGCCUGGCUUCUGUCUCUUUCUGAGUACUACCUUUCCCAUCCAUGCUUUGGACCGAGUACUAGGUUAUGAAUUGCUGAAAGGGCUGAAUGUUCUGGAUCUGGGUCUGAACAUGGAAAUACUAGAAGAACAGAUGCUGCAUGAAAUUCUGUGCAGAGAGCGCCCUGAGCUUGAAACCCGCUGGCAAGACCUCAAAGUCAGAGCAGCAGAGAACUAUGAAGCUAUGAAGGCUGAUGAGGAACAGCUGCUGGUGAUAUUGCUACGCCAGAACAAAAUGCGUCAGAAACCAUCAAGGUUUUUGAGAGAAAUGGUGAGGACUCAAGCAAAGAUAUGUCAACUGAAUGCUCAAGGGGAGGAGUUAGAUGAGCAGAAGCUGGAGGUGGCGGCAUUGUGGGCACCCUACCGGCAGGUAGCUUAUCAUGGAAUGGCUAUGGUAGAAGCACUAAGCUCACUACAGAACCUGCUGCCGUUUUUCUGUAUGAAGUCAGAGAAUUGGUUGGCAGUCAUCAGAAGGGCUAUAGACAGCAUGAAGUCAUGUGAUAGUUAUCAUGGAGAAGACUUGCCCAGUCAUCUGCUACGGAUGAAAAUACACCUGGCCCGUCAAUUGCUGAUCAACACUGUGGUUGCCCUAGGAUUAAUCCAAACACCCUUGGUGGGUGCCUUCGGUGCUUUGGCUAUGCUGCAAGUGACAAAGAAGACACCAAAGCUAGAGAGACUGGCAUUAUGGCCAGGACUGUUAGCCUCUCCCAGCUCAGGCCACAACAUACAGAUCCCUGGUGUGACUAGGCCAGCCUGGCUAAGUUCAAGAGCCUGGGAAGAGUGUGGAGCAUUGGAGCUGUUGUCCCCAUUUGCUGGGCUUCGUGCAUCCCUGGCAAGUCACUCUGAUGUGUGGCAGGAUUACCUGUCACUAUCAUCCACUGUGCUGGGUCCUGCACCUGGUCCUAAUUCUGAGCCACUUAGCCUCUUCCAGAAGCUGAUUCUAUGGCGGGUACUGCGACCAGAUUGCCUGGUAGGUGCCCUAGCAGACCUCACCACCAGCCUAUUAGGUCGGCCCCUAGAUGAAGACCUGGAUGCCCCUACCAUGAUCUUUGACCAUAUUCAGCCUACUCAACCCAUACUGAUCUUACUGCCACCACCUGGCCACCCUACAGCCACCCUGCAUCCUGUGACUGUCAUCCGGAAACUGGCUGCCAGUGAAAAGCCGCAGAAGCGUCUGCAUGUGAUAGCACUGGGCUCGGAAGACUGGGAUCCUGUAUCAACUGUAGUCAACACUCUAUCCCAGGCUAUGCUGCAGGGGCACUGGCUAGUGCUAGAUAACUGUCAUUUGAUGCCCUUUUGGCCAAGAGAGCUGUUACAACCCUUGCAGGGACUGCUGGAUGGAGCCAAGGUGGUCUCAGACUCUGAACUGAUAGCUGAACCAGAAAGCAGGACUGUGGCCACUGUCCAUAGAGAUUUCCGUCUUUGGCUGAUUGCAUCUACUGAGGCCAGCACUUCUUUGCCAGGGGUGCUGACCCAGCACUCCAUGCCUGUUUUCUGGAAUCAGUCCUUAGAACUGGGCCGUAUCUUGAUCGACAGUGUGGAUUCCCAGCAAGAACUCAGCACACAAUCCUUCACCCAGACAUUUCCUUUGUUCUUCCUAUAUGGUCUUCUAGUACACAGACAGCUCUAUGGGUUAAAGCUGCAAGCACACAGGGGGCGCUGGAGUCAAGUGACCUUGACCAGGGUUCUUCAGAUCCAAGAGCAGCUGUGGGCCAGUCUUAGCAACCCCAGUGCUGCCUUGUUGGAGCUGGCUGCUUCAGUUCUCUAUGGAGGUCCUUUGAGGGACCUGGAGGACAGAGAGACCCUGGUUAGCCUGACAGGAGCCUGCUUGAAUCCCAGGAACAUGAACUGGGUCCAGCCACACACACCCCAAUAUCUCCUGGCUACUCUGAUGCCCAGCCCAGAACUAGGGGAGCUGGAUGCCAGGACAGACUGCAAGGCCCAGAUGCACCUACUGCCCACACCAUCUGAACCUCGUACCUGUGGACUAAACGAGGGGCCCCAGGCCUGGCUGUUGAGACGCCAAAGUCGUGCUCUCCUGAGUGCGCUGCGGCAGUGUUCAUCCACCUGGGUUCCUACAGUUUGUGGAGGAAUUGUCCAGCGCAAAGAAAGGCGACUUCGGCAACGCCUAGUGCAAGCCAAGAAGAGGCUGGUGGCACUUCAGGCUUUGCUAACCAACAACCGUUAUCGCUCAGGCCAGUGUGUCACCCCCUGGGCAGUGUUAGGACCCAAUGCCCGGCCACCUCUAGAGGGCUUCUUAGAGACCGAGGUGCUGGAACUGAAGCAGCUGGUGGGUAUGCUGCUGCGUGACCUUGACUGCCUAUUACAGCAGCUGAAGGGCAAGACCCCGUGCACUUCCAGCCGCUGUGCUGAGGUGGCCCAGGCUCUUUGGGCUGGGCGCCUACCUCAGCCUUGGAGAUCUCAUGCACCUGCUGGUCCACAGCUUCCCUGGCUAUGGCUGCGACAACUGUCCCGCCGUGGGCACCUGUUGAUUCAAUACCUGGACAGUGGUAUAAGCGAAAAUGCCAACGGACCAGAGCGCAUAUUUCACCUGUCAGCUUUUCGCCAUCCCCGUCGCCUGUUGCUAGCGCUUCGUUGGGAGGCUGUCCUGGAGAACUCAGGACACAGCCCCAAGCUUCCUGGUCACCAAGGCUCUGGCUCUGGCAAUCUCCCACCUAGACGUCAGGAGUUGAACAACCACCCUCUGCAUAUCUGGGUGGAGAAUGGCCCAAAUCCCAAAGUUCCUAAGAUGGGACUGCUGCUGAUUGGGUUACAACUACAGCACGCGGCGUGGGACCAGACAGAUGGAGCCUUGAAGGACAGUUUUUCCAGUCAACCCUGUCCUCUGCCUCCUGUCAGUGUCAGCACACAAUCCCGGGGUGCCAAAGAUGCAUCAGUCUCAGCUGGCCUGGGCAUAUACUCCUGUCCUUUAUAUAUGACUGGGCCCCUUGGCACCACCAAGCUGCAUAGCAAGAACAUCCUGAUGCGCCUGCCACUACCCACAAGGCUCAGCCCUGAUACAUGUAUUCAACGGAGAGUCCAUGUGUGCAGCCCAACUUUAACCUGAGUCCUGACCAAAAUAAAGCUGUAGUGAUGUCAGGAAUGA